ACGUGGUUUCAUUCCACGUCUACGAAGGGAAACCAGAUUACAGCGGAGCAUCUGAAACCUCAGUUGUUAUCAGAUCCAUUAUUGAAAAUGUAAAAAUAUACUCGAUGGCAUGCAGUCGGAUAAUUUGACCCUGGGAUGGAUUUAGAGGAGGCUUUCCAGGUGGUUGGAGAAUUCGGUAGGCACCAGAAACGGAUGAUCACCAUCCUGGUUUUCCUACAGAUUUACAUGGCAUGUCAGUCCAUGCUCAUAAUUUUAGUGGGUGCUGUUCCAGAAUAUCAUGUAGAACCUUUUACUGAAGGCGUGGAUGGUGAUGUAACUCAACACAGUGUGAAGUUCACUGAGGAUGUCAGCUCAAUCGUGACUGAGUGGUACCUAAUUAAACAUCAAGCCUACAAAGUGAACUUGGCUGGGUCCCUGUUCUUUGCUGGUGUGCUGAUCGGAAAUGUCCUGUUUGGACCACUCUCUGAUAAGAUUGGAAGGAAGCCGGUAUUUUUAACUGGUCUGUUUUUUGAGGUCUUGUUUGGGUACGGCACAGCGUUAGCGCCCAGCUAUGAGUUGUUUGCUGUGUCUCGGCUGCUGGUGGGGUUGAUGAACGGAGGAAUGGCAUUGGUCUGCUUUGUUCUCACUCAGGAAUAUGUGGGAAAGUCCUACUGGGCUAUGACAGGGACCUUGACCAAUAUGACCUUUGCAGUGGGCAUCGCUCUGUUUGGCGCCUUAGGUUAUUAUGUUCGGCCGUGGCGAAACCUAGCAACUGUGGCCAACUGUCCGGGACUUUUGCUCUUCCUGCUCUGUGUGAAUUUGCCAGAAUCUCCACGCUGGCUUUAUUCUCGGGGUCACACAAAGCAGGCCGAGGACAUCCUGCAGUAUUUUGCUGUGAGGAACGGGAAAGGCAGAAUUCUAGUGAAGCUCCGCCGGACCGUCAACGCCAGCACUCCGGACGCAGCCAGCCCUGGGGUUUUCCAGCUGUUCACACAUCCCAUACUGCGCUGGAGGACUGUGGUGCUCAUGUAUGUGUGGUAUGCCUGUAGCCUUGUGUAUUACGGGUUGACCCUCAAUGCCAGUGAAGAGAAAGGUAACCGUUACCUUAGUGUUGCCAUGUAUGGGCUGGUGGAACUCCCUGCUUACCCUCUCUGCAUGUACUUCAUUAACAAACAGUGGGCAGGCAGGAGGAAGUCAAUGGCCAAUUUUCUCGCCUUUGCAGGUGUAUCCUGUCUGCUCACAACGGUUGUACCUGUAUCAGGGUCCUUAUUAAGUGCCACGUCAUUGGCUCUAGUGGGAAAACUGCUGGUCAGUGCUGCAUUUAAUAUUGCGUAUGUGUAUACGUCAGAGCUCUACCCAACUGUCAUCAGGAAUGCAGGGUUGGGUGUGUGUUCCAUGUCCUGUAGAGUUGGGGGAAUUCUGGCACCGUUUGUGCCGAGUUUGAAAUCCUUGCACGCCUCCAUGCCUUUUAUGGUGUUCUGUUUGAGUGGGAUUUCGGCGGGCUGCCUGGGGCUCCUCCUACCGGAGACACUCAAUAAACCUUCUGCCGAAACUCUUGAUGAACUGUCCAGCCCCACCUACCAGCGAAUCUUAGAGCCGCAGGUCCACCUUUUGGAAGACAAGCAUUUAAUUGACCACAACGGAGCUGAUAGUGACUGAGACAUGGACUUUGGAAACAUUUGAUCAAUUCCUAAGCACAGUCGACCAGUGUCAGAAUGUUGUCCCAUACAGAAAGACUAAAGGUGCCUUCUAGAAGAAAUCUGCUGAAAGGAUCAAUUCAACUGAUGUAUCUAUCAGGACUGUUUUAAAAUAAAAAGGACCAGAUACUCUGUCGUAAACUA